AGCCCGCAGCCCUGGCGCCCGCCGCUGCCCGGUGCCCCGCAAUAUGCCGCGGCGGCCCGCUGGCCCUGCGCCAUGGCGAGGCUGUGCCGGCGCGUCCCCUGCACCCUGCUUCUCGGCCUGGCCGCGGUGCUCCUGAAGGCGCGGCUGGUCGCGGCGGCCAGAGCCGAUCUCGGCCGCUCGGACCUCAGCCUCAUCCAGCAGCAGCGGCAGCAGCAGCAGCAGCAGCAGCAGCAGCAGCAGCAAAAGCAGCAAAAGCAGCGGGAGGAGGCUGAAGAGGAGAGUCCAGAGGGACCUGGGGCAUCUUCCCCUUCCACGGCUCCAGUGUCUGUCUUUAUGCUAAAAGUGCAGGUGAAUGACAUCAUCAGUCGCCAGUACCUGAGCCAAGCAGUCGUAGAAGUAUUUGUAAACUACACGAAGACAAAUUCCACAGUAACUAAAAACAAUGGAGCAGUAUUGAUAAAAGUACCCUAUAAAUUAGGACUCAGUUUAACGAUCAUUGCUUACAAAGAUGGCUAUGUGUUGACUCCUUUGCCUUGGAAGACUGGAAGAAUGCCAAUAUAUUCAUCGGUUACACUUUCACUGUUCCCGCAAAGCCAAGCAAAUAUAUGGCUAUUUGAAGACACUGUUUUAAUUACUGGAAAAUUAGCUGAUGCCAAAUCUCAGCCAAGUGUUCAGUUUUCAAAAGCCUUAAUUAAACUUCCUGAUAACCAUCAUAUUAGCAAUGUUACCGGCUAUCUUACAGUUCUGCAACAGUUUUUGAAAGUGGACAAUUUUCUGUAUACAACUGGAAUUACUCUCAAUAAACCAGGUUUUGAAAACAUUGAAUUGACUCCUCUUGCUGCAAUAUGUGUGAAAAUAUAUUCUGGAGGAAAAGAAUUAAAGGUGGAUGGCUCUAUUCAAAUUUCUCUUCCCCUUCUACAUAUCAGUGAUGUUAGUGUGGGAGAUCGCAUACCUGCAUGGACAUUUGAUAUGAACACAGGUGCUUGGGUAAAUCAUGGCCGGGGAAUGGUCAAGGAACAAAACAAUCACUUAAUUUGGACUUAUGAAGCACCACAUUUAGGCUACUGGAUAGCAGCUCCACUUCCAGGAGCUAGAGGUUCAGGUAUAAAUGAAGAUUCCAAGGAUAUAACUGCCUAUCACACAGUGUUUCUUACAGCCAUAUUAGGAGGAACAAUAGUCAUUGUCAUUGGAUUUUUUGCUGUACUACUUUGUUAUUGCAGGGGUAAGUGUGGUACUACACAGAAAAGAGAAAGAAAUAUCACUAAACUUGAAGUCCUCAAGAGAGACCAGACAACUUCAACAACACACAUAAAUCAUAUCAGUUCAGUCAAAGUUGCAUUAAAAUCUGAGGACAAAUCACAGUUGUUCAAUGCUAAAAACUCCUCAUACAGCCCUCAGAAAAAAGAACCAUCAAAGGCAGAAGCAGAAGAAAGAGUUUCCAUGGUAAAAACUCGGGACAAUUUUAAAAUCUACAAUGAAGAUGUUUCAUUUCUAUCAGUCAAUCAAAAUAAUUACUCAAGAAACCCAACACAGUCUUUGGAUCCCAGUGUAGGGUCCAAACAACCUAAGCAUGUGAACAACAACCUAUCUUCAUCUUUAGGUGAUGCUCAAGAGGAAAAGAGGUAUCUCACAGGGAACGAUGAAGUGUAUGGGCGUUCCCACAUUCCUGAGCAGCUGAUGCAUAUCUACAGCCAGCCCAUCGCCAUCCUUCAAACAUCUGACCUUUUCUCUACUCAAGAGCAGUUACAUUCUGCUAAGUCAGCUACACUGCCAAGAAAGGGACAGUUAGUCUAUGGCCAAUUGAUGGAACCAGUGAGCAGAGAGAACUUUACACAGACGUUGCCCAAAAUGCCAGUGCAUUCUCACACACAGCCCUCAGAUGCCAGGGAAGAGGAUAUCAUUCUUGAAGGUCAACAGAGCUUGCCAUCCCAGACUUCAGAUUGGAGCCGAUAUUCCAGCAGUUUACUGGAAUCUGUCUCUGUUCCUGGAACGCUAAAUGAGGCCGUUGUAAUGACUCCGUUUUCAUCAGAGCUUCAAGGAAUUUCAGAACAGACCCUCUUGGAGCUGUCCAAAGGAAAGCCCUCUCCCCAUCCCAGAGCCUGGUUCGUAUCACUUGAUGGCAAGCCAGUCGCGCAAGUGAGGCACUCCUUUAUAGACCUGAAAAAGGGCAAGAGAACCCAGAGCAAUGACACAAGUCUGGACUCUGGGGUGGAUAUGAAUGAACAUCACUUGAGUAGAAAGCUUGAGAGGGAGAAGACGUUCAUCAAAAGCAUGCAUCAGCCCAAGAUCCUUUACUUGGAAGAUUUAGACCUGAGCAGCAGUGAGAGUGGAACCACUGUCUGCUCCCCUGAGGACCCUGCUUUAAGGCAUAUCCUGGAUGGAGGGAGUGGAGUUAUCAUGGAGCAUCCUGGGGAGGAGUCCCCAGGAAAGAAAAGCACUGUUGAAGAUUUUGAAGCCAACACCUCCCCCACCAAGAAAAGGGGCAGACCGCCACUAGCCAAAAGAGAUAGCAAGACUAAUAUCUGGAAGAAGCGAGAGGAACGUCCACUGCUUCCCAUCAAUUAACUCCCAGGGUGGUUGUGUGUCUGCUGUCUCGUGCUGUUUCUUCUUGCUUCUUGUUGUAAAUUGCAGUAUGAACUUAGGAAGUAGAGACUGAGCAAUCUUAUGGUCCUGGGACAUAUCUCAAGCAGAGUAAAUAGUAAGAUGGUAAUUUAGUCAUCAGAGAGAAAGGUACCUUGGAAUGUUUUUUCUGGCCCAUUCUUUUAUUUUUAGGUGACAAAUUUGAAAGUAUCCAAGUUUUCAAAUUAUAAAAUAGCAUUAAGAUGUUAGUUAUCUGACAAUGUUGCUCAGUCAACCAGUUUGGCCCUGACUCUUUUAAGAAUAACAUAGUGAAAUGUGUGUCCCUAAAGUUGCUUCCAAAAAUGUUGCCUCAGCCUUGAUAGAACACUUAGAAAUUAAACUGUCUUCUUCAGGCAUCAUGUUCUUGUGAAAUGUUCCUACUAAGUCCUUCUCUGCCACUACUUGAAAAUAACCAGAUAAGUGAUCUGGACUGUGGUUAUUCUAGAGUCUAAAGACCAAACAGUUUCUUUUUUGAGGCAAAUAGCAUGUGUAUUAUAUUAUCCCCAAAGUAAAUCCUACAUUUACAUGAGAUGGGCAAAAAGCUACUUGGUCGUUAGAGAGGGAAACACGAGCUCUUUGGUUGUUUUGGAUAUAACUUCACAGAAUAAAUAAGGCAUUAAUUUGUUAUUUAGAAAUUUGAGAAAUGUUUUAAUGAAUUCUCUGACACUUAUUUUUAAAUUAUAAAUUUCAUUUUUUUCCUUCCCCUCAACCAUGAGGCCAGCUUAGCUACCAAGGAAAAUUUCACUGAUACUUGUAGGUUAAAUCAGUUUUAAUAUAUUUCUUCCAUAUGAAAAACCCAAAUUUAGUCAAUUAAAGGCUAUCAGAUUUUUACAAAAAAUCUAUGUGAAAAUUUCUUUGUAUACAAAAAAUUAAUCAAAUAUGUGGAGAUAAAAUAAAUAUUUUGAUUUUUUUCUGAAAUGUUGAUGAGCACAAAAAGAAAUGUCAUUUUUCUGAGGUUAAAAAUUACCUUCAGGUUACUAGUUGAUUAUCCAGAUGUCAACUUUCAUAGAAAAUGUUUGAGGAAAAGAAUUUCAAAGAAGAGUUUUUCCUUAAGUCACUUAUAGCCUUUGCUACAAUUUUUCCAAUUCUGUAAGUAACAUAUCCGUAUUAUUUCCAUCAUAGCAAAGAGUUAAGUGUGAACACAUUCAAUAGCUGUUUAUAACUCUGAAUUAUCAUUCAUAUGUCCUAAAAAUAAAAGCUCAUUGUUAGUUAAAAUAAACUCAUUCCACUUUUCUUAAUUUCCAUAAAGGCAAAUGUCUGAAGCGCCUUUCCUUGUGGGGAAAAUGAAACUAAAUUGGUUUUUCAUCCCCUACUAUUCAACAUGGGAGCAACACAGAGACCCAAACCACAUAAACAAGUUCACAGAACCAAAAUGGCCACAUUAGUUUUGGCAAAAUGGUAGAUAGAUAUAUAAGGAAAGACAACAGUUUUCCCCUUCAAGAUAGCGAUCUUCAGCCAGUUUUUCCUAUAACCAAUUUUUUCCUGAAACAUCUGACCUGUCAUAACUCUCCCACCUUUCUGUGUUAACCCCCAAAAUGUGAAGACUUAGGCAAAUGUUUGCUAUAUAUUACCCCACUCCAUAGAAGAGAUAAACGUUUUGAGUAAUACAUAGGCUUGCUUUUUUUUUUUUUUUUUUAAAUUAGUGAUGAGGUCCACAACAAUAGAGGAGACUUCUUAAUCUUAUACUGAAUGAUACAUCAAAAGCAGCAUGAAUGAAAAUGAUUUGGAAAAGGUUAAAAGAUAGUGCUCUGCGGAAGUGCCUUUGAUAUAGAUUUGCAUUAUUAGAAGGAUAUAAUGACAUGUUUCUUAAGUGUGCAUUUUAUUUCUGUUAGCCAAAUUAAACAGAUGUGCAGUUCUAUUAAAAAUAUAGACCUAGUGUUUCAUGUUGGAACAAUGAAUUUUGCAUGGAUGUAGUAUUUCUCUCUUCCUUUUGUUUAUCCUUUUUAAAAUCCAGUAUAGAUAAAUUGUUUAUGUUGGAAUGAGGUUAGAAACUAUAGCAAAAUGUUGCACCUCCUCAAUAUUUUAAGUGUAUAUUUUCCCCAUCUUUAAAUAAAAUUAUUUCAUCUUUCAGCUUGGUAGUGAAAAACACAUUUUGAUAAAAGGAAGGGUAUGCCAUCAGGUGUGCCACUUAUUGUACUCAUUUUUUGUGUGUAAGGGAAAUGAGAUGAUGUAUCCCAAGGGAUUUUCUAGAAUUACUUGUUUGGUUUCAGAGUAAAACCUUAUUUAUUUUAUUUUUUACACUGCACAUGCUGUUCUCAAUUGGGAAUUAAUUAUCGGCAAUUUAUCUUUUCUAAUGAUCAAAAGAGUGUGACUUCUUAUGUGUGAGUAGUUCACAAAUUUCUUAUAAAAAAGCUGAAGCCAUCUACUUUUUCUUAAUCCAAGUAAUAAUAAACCAACAAGGUUCACAACUUUCUUAAAUUUUUGAAUUGAAAGCCAAACACAAUUUUUUUGCAAAUAUAAACCUGGGUAAUUUUGGUCACAAAUUGUUAACAUUUGUGGAUCCUUUAUAUAUGCCUUUGGAUAUACCUUAAAGACAAAACUAUCUCUCAAUUAAUUGAUGGAUUCAUUUACUAAAGCACAGCUGUAUGUAUUUUUAGAUACAUAUUAUGACCUUGAGACUUUAUAAAAUCAAUUUUUAUGACUUUAUGCAGUUGUAUAAGGUGACACCCUUUUAUAAUACAUAGUAUAUGACGAAGAUCACAAAUGUUGAGGAAUAAAAGCACUUCUUUGCUUUGGCAAUCAUUUUCGGAUCACUUUCUGUGUGUCUGAAUCCUCUGGUAUCAAUACAUAUUAUAGGGUUUUAGAGAUCUGUGGGUCAAAUCUUGUCCCUCAAAACUUCCCAGAAAGAUAAAGUUCCAAGUUACAAUUCACUUAUAAGGUAUGAGUUACUCAUUUCCCCAGGCCAGCAUGGUAAAGGAAUUCAACUGUAUUAAUUUACUUCAGAUCUAGAGUUAACAUUUUAUCCUCUUGUUUCCAAGUGUUUCUAUUUUUUUGUAUUCUUUCAGAGAAAUCUCAUAUUUCAGUGUAUUUAUUGCCAUCACUACUAUAUUUACUGCUAAAAACUGUAACAUUCUGAAGGUUUGUAAAAUGUUAAAUAUAGUUCAUUAAAAAUAAUAAAAUAAAUCUAAAAUGUA